AUGUCUUCAUCUAUCCCUUUUCGCAAACUCGGUCGUGAUGGUCCUGAAGUGCCUGCUUUGGGAUAUGGUAUGAUGGGGCUUUCUCAACCUGUGUAUGGCAGUUUGACCAGCGAAGAAGAGAAGUUCGCUAUUCUGGACAGAGCGUAUGAACUUGGAGCCAGACAUUGGGAUUCGUCCGAUCUUUACAAUGACAAUGAAGAAACACUCGGCAAAUGGUUCAAGAAGACUGGGAAACGUGAGGAUAUCUUCCUGGCGACUAAAUUUGGCUUUGUCAAGGGCAAGUUUCCUGAGCUUGAUAGUACGGGGGAGUAUGCGAAGAAGGCUUGUGAGGAGAGCUUGAAGAUUUUGGGAGUCGAGUACAUUGAUCUGUACUACUUGCAUCAUCCCAACCCAAAGACACCGAUUGAGGAUACAAUGAGAGGACUCAAGGAACUACAAGAACAAGGGAAGAUCAAGUACAUUGGACUCUCCUCAAUCUCGUCGAAAACACUUCUUCGCGCUUCCAAGAUUGCGAAGAUCUCUGCCGUUCAAGUCGGUUACUCAGAUUUUGAACUCGACAUUGAAGGCUCUCGUGGCACAGAUCUUCUAGCUACAUGUCGCUCCCUUGAUAUUGCUGUCGUGGCCGCAAUGCCAUUAGGUCGCGGCAUCCUGACUUCCACAUUCGCAGACAAUGAACCCUUGGAUACCAAAGACAUGCGUCCGUCUUUUAUGCCUAGAUUCCAAGAUGGCAAUAAACAGAAGAAUGUGCAGAUUGCCAAGCAUUGGAGGGAAUUGGCAGAGAGUAAGAGGUGCACUUCUGCUCAACUUGCCAUUAGAUGGUUACUUGAGCAGGGUGAGGAUAUUUUUGUCAUUCCCGGGACUAAGAGGAUCAAGUAUUUGGAGGAAAAUUGUGGUGCUGUGGGUGUGGAGUUGAGUAAGGAAGAUGUGGCGGAAGUCAGAAGAUUUGCAGAGACUGCAGAGGUUGCUGGUGGUUGUUUGCCUCCUAACUUUGAGAGCUUCACUUUCUCUGAUACUGUGGAAGAGUAG